AUGGCGGCAUAUCUGUUCGGACCUGUCCGGCAGCAGCCACAGCGACAACCCCAGCCGGCUCCUCAGGUCCCCCCUCCUGGAGCCCGGGCAACAUUUGAGGGGGCCAGGGAGUUCGUGUUCGCGGGUGCUCGCGAAGGGAGGAGGGCACAGCGAGGGCAAGGGCGUGGUGGCAACGCAAGAAAUGGUGGCGCCGACACCGCAUCCCAACCCGUCGAGAGUGGGUUCCCGGAGGGCAACACGUCCGCGUACAACAGGCGUGGCGGCGGUCUGGCUAGCAGGGGGGGGAUGAACGCACCUGGAAGACGGGCCAGAGUGCACGAGGGUAUUGGAGUCCCAUCAGGGAUACCAGACGAAGAGGAUGGCGGAGCACCUGCUUUAAGCAUCGGCCGUGGAGGGCGAGGACGAGCUUCAUGUGGAAGUGGUCGCAGAGGGAGAGGCGGUGGCGUUGCAGGGACGGGCCUUGGCAGGGGAGGUAGAGGAGUGCCCCUUGGGGGCGAUUGCGGAGGGCAGGGGGGUGGCGGAUCGGAAUUCACGGGGGUUGGUGGUGGAGUAAGGGGAGUGCCGCUCGGUGAGGCCACCGGGGAACAGGGGGUUGCCGGAUGGUCCGGCAUUGGAGGUGGAGGGAGCGGAGUCCCGCUUGGUGGGGCUCCUGGAGGGCAGGGGGAUGCCGGAGCAGGAUGGUCAAGCAUUAGAGGUGGAGGGAGGGGAGUCUCACUUGGUGGGGCUCCUGGAGGGCAGGGGGUCCCGGAGCAAGAUGGUCCGGGAUUGGAGGUGGAGGGAGGGGAGUGCCGCUUGGUGGGGCUCCUGGAGGGCAGGGGGAUGCCGGAGCAGGAUGGUCCGGCAUUGGAGGUGGAGGGAGCGGAGUCCCGCUUGGUGGGGCUCCUGGAGGGCAGGGGGGUGCCGGAGCAGGAUGGUCCGGCAUUAGAGGUGGAGGGAGCGGAGUCCCGCUUGGUGGGGCUCCUGGAGGGCAGGGGGGUGCCGGAGCAGGAUGGUCCGGCAUUGGAGAUGGAGGGAGCGGAGUCCCGCUCGGUGGGGCUCCUGGAGGGCAGGGGGAUGCUGGAGCAGGAUGGUCCGGGAUUGGAGGUGGAGGGAGUGGAGUGCCGCUUGGUGGGGCUCCUGGAGGGCGGGGGGGUCCCGGAGCAGGAUGGUCCGGGAGGUGGAGGGAGGGGAGUGCCGCUUGGUGGAGCUCCUGGAGGGCAGGGGGAUGCUGGAGCAGGAUGGUCCGGCAUUGGAGGUGGAGGGAGCGGAGUCCCGCUUGGUGGGGCUCCUGGAGGGCAAGGGGGUGCCGGAGUAGGAUGGUCCGGCAUUGGAGGUGGAGGGAGCGGAUUCCCGCUUGGUGGGGCUCCUGGAGGGCAGGGGGGUGCCGGAGCAGGAUGGUCCGGCAUUGGAGGGGGAGAGAGCGGAGUCCCGCUUGGUGGGGCUCCUGGAGGGCAGGGGGAUGCCGGAGCAGGAUGGUCCGGGAUUGGGGGUGGAGGGAGGGGAGUGCCGCUUGGUGGGGCUCCUGGAGGGCAGGGGGGUGCCGGAGCAGGAUGGUCCGGCAUUGGAGGUGGAGGGAGCGGAUUCCCGCUUGGUGGGGCUCCUGGAGGGCAGGGGGAUGCCGGAGCACGAUGGUCCGACACUGGAGGUAGAGGGAGGGGAGUCCCGCUUGGUGGGGCUCCUGUAGGGCAGGGGGGUCCCGGAGCAGGAUGGUCCGGGAUUGGAGGUGGAGGGAGGGGAGUGCCGCUUGGUUGGGCUCCUAGAGGGCAGGGGGGUGCCCGUGCAGGAUGGGGUGGGGUGGGGUCCGUUGGAAGGGGGGGCUCACCAGUGCCCGCUGGGGACGAUGUGCGGCGUGCUCCAGCGUCUGGGAGUGAUAAUGGUUUGGCUUCCUGCUCCACGGGUGAUGGGAUUGGCGCUCUCACCACUGUGGGGAACCCGGGUGCACAGGCAUUUGACGUCAACUCGGUCCUGCGACGUGCCCGGGAGUGGUACCAGGCAGAGGACAUUGACACGGGGAGGACCACGAGCACUCAGGGUGAAGAGAUGGGUGGGUUUGCUGAGCACUUCUACCCAGCAUCGGCUCUCGCUCUGCCAUGGCCAGACUGCGGGCAGCGGAGCAACAAUCCUGCGCAAGGGCCGGACGAGCCUGCAUGUGAGGAUGAUCUGGUGCCAGAGGAUGCCAGGGAGGAUGCGGAUGGGGCGGCCGAUGGUGAGGGAGAGCCCGGAAUACAUCGGAGUGUGGAGAUCCUGGUGUCUGAGUACUACACCACGCGCAAUCUUCGCCAGACAUACAACCGGGAUAUGUUGGGUACCUGUGUUGACUGGCUGGUUAUGGAGGCUCCAAAGGCAGCAGAGGGCGAGUGCGAUGCACCAGCGCUGAUCGAGACGAGGGUUGGGAGGCCAGAGAAUCACACCCGGUUUGAGGCACCGCCGCACGCUUAUCGGUGUGGGCGAUGCCGACAGUACGGGCACAACCGCAAAAGGUGCAAGUACAAGUUCGGUGGGUACGGUCAGGCGCAGGCUGCGGUGGGGGAGGAGGAGGAGGAGGAGGAGGAGGAGGAGGAGGAGGAGGAGGAGGGGGAGGAUGGAACUGCUGCGGGUGAGCAGGGAGGGGAGGACCAAGCUGCCCCCGAAUGA